AUGACCAUUGGAGUAUAUAAAGUGUUUAUUACGCAAUUAAAGUCAUUUGGUGAACGCGUAAAUAUAAAUUUAACUCUCCAUGAGAAGCCAGUAUUUACGAUUGGAACGUCGGUAAUCAGCGAUACAGACAAUUUCAGUGACAUAAGCUUGGAUCGUGAUGGCACGUCGGAAUCUACAACAACGACAGCUGAGCCGGCUGCUUUUUACAGUCCAUUAGCGGAGCUUGAUUCGAUGGGAAAUAUUCAAGGCCCGCCACCGACAUUGGACUUGACUGACAAUCAACAACCACAGCAAGAUGCUAAUUUGAAUCCUAUUUCAGCUGCAUUAGCGCAACUUCCAAAUGCGGCUUCAACCGUGUUUUCAACAUUCUCAAACAUCAUUAAAGGUUCGUCGUCGCAAGAUCAACUUCAAGCCUCUGUUGAGCCGCAACCACCACAACAAUCGCCAGUCACGCCUUACGGUUACAUCUCCACUAAUCCCGAUCCAAUGGCACCACCGCCUUCAUUCUUCUCUCCGACUGAUGAUUCACUUUUCAAGAAGCAAACAGUUGAAUCAACAACGAACAACACAUUUCGAUUGGGUGGUAAUAAAAAGAAGACUUACGCUCAUAUUCCUGGUUUGAGUAACAACAGCAUUCAACAAUCAUCACCACAACAGAAUCAAUUUAAUCCUAAUCCUAUGAUGCCACCAUUACCACCUCAACCUGUUCCACCUGCUGAACCAGCAAAUUAUUUCGAUAACACUCAAGUUCAUCAAGAGAUCAACAACAUUUACAGUUAUCAACAGCAACAACAACCAGCAGCACCACCAAUGCAACAGCAACAAAAAGAAGUUGAGAAGAGUAGCAAAUUUUCAUUGACUUCAUUUCUACCAUCGCAAUUACUUGAGAAGAUUCCGUCAACUAAAAAUAUUUUCGGAUUAAAUGAAAAUAAUAAUUUUGAUCAACAAUCUGUUGGUAGCCAAGAAUUUAGUGUGACAACAACAGCAAAUUUUGACCAACAACCACAAUCCACAGCUGAUUUCUUCUCAACGCAAACUUCAAGUUCGCCAUCGCCUUAUUCAAACAUUGUUGAUGCUAGAAGUCAACAACAAACACCGCCGGCGAAUUUCUUUAAUCCGAAUCAAUUUAACACAAAUCCGUUUGCACAACAACAAAGCACUUCAAUUCCACCACAAGCUGGUUUGACUCAAACGCCAGUGACAUCGUUUAAUAAUCCAACUCCAUCACCACAACCAUCAAACAAUCCACCACCAACCAUUGAUGCAAUUUCAGCAGAUUCUAAUUGCACACCGCCAACAUUCUUCAAUCCCAUGCAAGCUUCAGAAUUAUUUAAAACAUCACAAGUUGAUGAUGGAAAACCGAAGAAUCCUUACAGCAGUAACAGAUUAUCACGUGGCGUUGGAUUGUAUAAAACACGAUCGAAUGUACCGACAGAGAUGGCAGGAAAUCAAAAUGUUGCAAUGCAACCAAUGCCGAAUGUCGUUCCACAGAAUACAAGUCAAUGGUUCCAACCAUCAGUAGCGUCAACACCACCACCAAUUGCGGAACAAUUUGAUCAACUUCCGUCACAACCAACAAUCCCCACAAUGCCACCACAAAUGAAUGUUUUUCAACCUCAAGUUGUUGAUUUACCACCACCACCUGCACAAAUGCUGACAGCUUCUGUUGACGAUUUUUCAAGAUCGAGUGAGAAUUCUAAUUCUCGGCCUGGUUCAAGUCAAUUGAAUUUCAAUUCAUCAUCCCCAGAACAGCAGAAAAUUCCAUCCAGACCGUCGUCAAUACCACCAGCAACAGCUGCUUUGAAUUUCGGUUUAUCUCAAGAAAAUGCCGUCAAAGAAUCUUUGGCAACAAAUCCUGGAAUGUUCUUUGAAACGACAUCAAAUUUCAACAAUUUUCCUGAAUUAAAUUUAGUCCAACCUGGUCUUAAGAAAUCGGAUCUCAACGUACCGGAAACAACAUCAACAACUGAGAUUGACAGUGCUAUGAACUUCUUUGAAGAUCCAGUUGUUGCAACACAAAAGUCAAGUGCAACUACGAUGAGUUUCUUUCAGCCAACACCGACAGCUCCGCCACUUGAAAGGAAAUCAUCAAACACUUCAUCUUUGAACAAUUAUUUUAAUGAAUCAGCGGGACAACAAGUGAAAGAUGCAUUUGAAAGUGUUAGUCAAGUAAGCAAUCAAGUCGUUCACAAUGAUACAUCAAAUGAAAUUUCUGAAGACAUUGACAGCAUGUCAGCGAACAUUGGAAGCACUCUCAGUUUAUUUGCAACAUCGGAACUUGACUCGACAUUGACACAAAGGAUUUCAUCGGCUCAAGUUGAUUCUUUAAUUCCAAAAUAUCUCGAAACACAACCAACUGUAAUUCCACGAACGUCAUCACCACUUGUUCCACCGACACGAACUUAUCGACCAGUUUAUCGUCAUUGGUUUUAUCAGAAUCUUUAUUGGCAUCCAUUUGCAAUGUCAGAUUCACUUGCUUUAGAUGAAGCUUUGAUGAGUGGCAAGGAAGUUGCCAUAACUGAUGGUGGAAGGUUUGAAGUGAACUUAAAGGAACGAAAACGUUCUGGAAUUUAUUGGUUGAGUGGUGCAAAUGCUAUUCGAAGAUGUUCUUGGUUUUAUAAGAAUCCCAAUGGAUCUGAAGCAAACUUAUUGCCAUUUGAUGAAACAACUUCCGACUUCAUGGAAACUGAGUAUGAGAAAGCGAUUGUGAAUAAUUCUUGGAAUCACAAGCUUUUCAUUCCCAACUCGAAUGACUUUAUAUUGAUUAAAGAUCAGGCGACUAUUGAAUAUCAUCAGUUGGGAGAAGUUUUGUUAGUUAAGAGAGGUGUUGAUGAGUUUGUAAUCGAUGAUGGCGAAGAAGCAGCAGUUGAUCAUCUCAUCAUAUCUGUCAGUAGCUUUGGUGAUAAAGUCGAAGAAAGUGCAGCUGACGAACUUCGAAUGAAAUGCAUGGAAACAAUUCAACAUUACUACAGCGAAGCUUUCGAUUGUGGACAGGUUGGUCGUGUUGAAGUGCUGCCAAUCUCAUUGAAUUCCAUUGAUGUUCUUAAAAUGAUGGAAUCAAAGAAUGUCAUUGAAUCAGCACCAGGUGGAAAUUCCGAACUUAUAAAGUCAUCAACAUAUCAAGACAUCAUGUUGAAGACAGCAUUUUAUUGUAAUCAAGAGUUUUAUCAGAAUAUUAUGAAUCACUUGGCGUUUAGUUUGAAUGAAAUUGUUACAAAGUUUCUUCAUCAAAAUCCGGAAUUCAAAGGAGAAAUCUCUUUGAUUGCCACAUCAUUCGAGGCUUUGUUUCUCUUUGAUCUUCUUUUUAAUCAAGAAACAUCUCCUGAAUUUUGGAAGUUAAAAUUCAAUACGUCAAACUUUUAUGCUUUUGGAAUGCCAACGAAUCUGCUUACAGUAAGAAAUGGAGAAAGAUUAAGAACAAAUUUCACGCUAAAAAAUUGUAAGAAAUUCCUGAAUAUUGUUCAUCGUUUGGAUCCGAUUGCGCAACGAAUUGAGCCACUGGUCAAACCAGAAUUUGCGACCCAACCUCCAGAAUCGAUUGAGAAUGAAAACGCUGACAGAAUCGAUUUCACAAUUGCCGAUGGAUCAUCAUUGGAAUCAUUUAGUUUAAAGCAUUAUUUUACAUCUGAGUUGAUAAUUUUAAGAUUAACUAAUGAAAUUUACGGUGCUUUAAAAAUGGACUCGGGAAGCUUAUGAAAUAUUCAUUGAAAUAAGAAAAGCUGCUCCUAAAUAUUUAAAUUUUAUUAUUUCUUCUUUUGUUCUUUUAAUAAAUUCUUCGUUACAAAAUAUAUUCGCUUUCUUUCAUUUAUUUAAAAUAUUUCAAUUCAUUGAUAGACUAAAUAAACAUGUUUGAAUGUAAUGCUCGAUAUUUUACUGAUCUAAAUACUAAAUUUUUAUUUUUCAGUGCACUAUGACUGACAUUAUAAUCGAAAAAUAAAAAGAUUAACUUAAUUAUUUGGUGUUGAGUUAUAAUUCUAAAAGAAACAAGUUAAAUAAUAAAAUAUUUAACAUGAGAGCUUAGCUCAACAUCACAUUUUCCUACAAACUAAUGGCUGAUAAGAACUUAUGGAAGGGAAAUUGAGUUUCAAAUAUUUCUGGUUAAAUCUUAACUUGCAGAAUAUUGAAUUGUAAAACAUUAACAAAAAGUUAUU